AUGGCUGCCGGGUGGUUUUAUUCCCCCGCACAGAUUAUUCGGUACUUUGCAACUCGGGUGACAAGUCUGAGUCCACCUCAGAACAAAUUGCUUAAUCCAGUCACGAUAUUACGGGAGCUGACCUCGCAUCAAUGGCUCAUGUUUGCCGCGGGAUUCGCAGGCUGGACCUGGGAUUCUUUUGAUUUUUUCACCGUUUCGAUGACUAUAACCGAACUGUCUGAAGCAUUUGAUGUGUCUUAUUCUGACGUCUCAUGGGGAAUGACAGUCACUCUGAUGCUUCGAUCGGUUGGUGCCGUCAUCUUCGGUAUACUUGCUGAUAGGUACGGGCGGAAAUGGCCCAUGAUCAUCAAUCUUUUUCUCUUUAUUGUCCUCGAGCUUUGUUCUGGAUUCUGCAAUACCCUCCCACAGUUCCUGGGUGUUCGAUCAUUGUAUGGAAUUGCCAUGGGAGGACUCUUCGGCCCGGCUGCCGCAACAGCUCUUGAAGAUCUCCCCUACGAAGCCCGAGGUCUCCUAUCUGGUCUCUUCGAGAUGGGAUACGCAACUGGUUUCCUCCUGGCCGCAGCCUUUUAUCGUGCUCUUGUACCAACGACGUCGCAUGGUUGGAGAAGCCUGUUUUGGUUCGGGGCAGGUCCUCCCAUCUUGAUUAUUCUCUUCCGCUGGUAUCUGCCAGAAACGAAUCAUUUUCAAGUGAUGAAAGCUGAGCGAGAAGCCCGUGCAAAGGCAGCAGCAGAAGAUGGUCACACACAAGGGAAAGACUUCCGUGUUUUCGUACGUGAUGCUGGACGUGCGUUGAGAGAUAAUUGGGUCUUGUUCAUCUAUUUGAUUGUUCUGAUGACAGGAUUCAACUCCUGUUCCCAUGGAAGCCAAGAUUUCUUCCCAACGUUCCUCAAAGACCAGGUCCAAAUGGAUGCCACGCAGACCACGGUUAUUACAGUCGUCGGUCAGAUCGGAGCCUUGAUUGGAGGUUGCACGAUUGGCUAUAUCAGCACGUUUUUCGGUCGACGAUUGACGAUGAUGAUUUCUUGCGUGCUCGGAGGUGCGAUAAUCCCGGCCUAUGUUCUCCCGCGUUCCAUGUCCUUGGUCGCCUGUGCCUUUUUCGAACAAUUUUUUGUCGGCGGAGUCUGGGGUCCCAUUCCCAUUCAUCUUCUGGAACUGUCGCCCAUUGCGCUUCGUUCAUUGAUGGUAGGAUUGACCUAUCAGCUUGGUAAUCUUGGAUCUUCUGCUUCGGCUACCAUUCAGUCUAUUAUCGGCGAGAGAUUUCCCCUUCCACCAAGCCCCAGCGGGGAAAAACGAUUUGACUAUGGCAAGGUGAUUGCGAUCUUCAUGGGCGCUGUUUGGGCAUUCAUUCUCUUUUUCCUUUUCUGGGGGCCAGAGAUGCCUCAGGAAGAGAGAGAUGAAGAGGCAGAGGCCGCACUAAGAUUGGAACAGCUGCGUGCCUCAGGAGUCAGUCUGGCUGACAUUGGUGAACAACAGUUCCGCGGAAAGGGUAUUGAGCGAAGCUCUUCGCGGGAUGAGGAAAAAGCAGUUGUCGAGCAUUAUAAUUGA